CAAUCCACCUCGGUGAGCAUCAUGGGCUUUUCCAACACUCUGGAGAUGGAGUUGUCAUCUACUAGGCUGGCGAGGACCCUAGAGCCACAGGUCCACAAUGUGAGCAGCUUGACAGCUGGUCCCCCACAGACAGUACCGAGCCUACUGAGUGGCUCUCCACAAACUGUGUCCAGCUUGACAAGUGUUCAAAACCAUGCCAUGCCAAGCUUGACAACCACUCACCCACAGGCCAUGCCAGGCCUUGUGCGUGGCACAUUCCAGUCCAUGCCCAACCUGAUGAAUGAUUCCCCCCAGGCCAUCACAAGCCCAGCAAAUGAUCACUCUCAGUCCAGGUCCAGCCUAAUUCCUGGUCACACUCAGGCUGUGCCAAGUCUGGCCACUUGUCCUCUGCAGAGCAUGCCUCCAGUUUCUGACAUGCAGCUGGAAAUUAGAUCCACUUCUAGUCCUGGCUCUGGCCGAACUGCAGAAAACCUGUGCCCCAGGGAUGGGGCCGACCCUUCCCUGGGCAAUGCCCUAUGUAAGAUGGAAAGUGAGGAUGCCACUCGUUUUACUGAUUCAGUGGGGCAAGGCCCCAAAGCCCCUGGUCUGGGUGCUUCCAAGGAUUUGGUCAUCCCCUCAGAACUUGAGGAGCCAAUUAACCUCUCUGUGAAAAAACUUCCACUGGUACCCCUAGUCAACACUUCUACAGCUCUGCAGCAGUACCAGAGCCCAAAAGACUAUGAGAAUUUUGAACAAGGAGCCAUAGAACUGGACACAAAAGAGAACCAGAGCAUCAGGGCCUUCAGUAGUGAGCCCAAGAUUCCCUAUGUGCGACUGGAGCGACUCAAGAUAUGUGCUGCCUCUUCAGGAGAGAUGCCUGUAUUCAAGCUGAAGCCUCCAAAGAAUGAUCAGGAUGGAAGCUUCCUGCUGGUCAUCGAGUGUGGCACUGAGUCCUCCAGCAUGUCCAUUAAGGUCAGCCAGGACAACCUUUCUGAUGCCAUUCAGGCCCCAGGUUUGGGGGGAAGAAAGGUCACUGUCACCUCUCUGGCUGGGCAGCGGCCACCAGACAUGGAAGGCACAUCUCCUGAAGAACAUCGACUCAUUGCUCGAACUCCUGGAGUCAAGAAGGGUCCCCCAGCCCCAAUUGAGAAUGAGGACUUCUGUGCUGUGUGUCUUAAUGGGGGAGAACUACUGUGCUGUGACCGCUGCCCCAAAGUGUACCACCUUUCCUGCCAUGUGCCAGCCUUGCUCAGUUUCCCAGGGGGAGAUUGGGUGUGUACCUUGUGCCGCAGCCUGACUCAGCCUGAGAUGGAGUAUGACUGUGAGAAUGCCCGCUACAAUCAGCCUGGAGCGCGGGCACCUCCCGGCCUGAGCAUAUAUGACCAGAAGAAGUGUGAAAAGCUGAUACUGUCCUUGUGCUGCAAUAGCCUCAGCUUGCCCUUCCAUGAACCUGUCAGCCCCUUGGCCCGACAUUAUUAUCAGAUUAUCAAGAGGCCUAUGGACCUGUCAAUCAUCAGGAGGAAGCUGCAAAAGAAGGACCCAGCUCACUAUACCACUCCAGAGGAAGUGGUAUCAGAUGUGCGCCUCAUGUUCUGGAACUGUGCUAAGUUCAAUUAUCCUGACUCAGAGGUUGCAGAGGCCGGCCGCUGCCUGGAAGUAUUCUUUGAGGGCUGGUUGAAGGAAAUCUACCCAGAGAAACGGUUUGCCCAGCCACGGCAGGAAGACUCAGACUCUGAGGAGGUGUCUAGUGAGAGUGGAUGUUCCACCCCCCAUGGCUUCCCGUGGCCCCCCUACAUGCAGGAAGGCAUCCAACCCAAGAGGCGGCGGCGACAUAUGGAAAAUGAAAAAGCAAAGAGAAUGUCAUUUCGCAUGGCCAAUAGCAUCUCGCAGGUGUGAGAGCUGAAAGAAGACUGAUCACUCUGGCUGCUGGUGUCCCAUCCUGUUGACCAUUCCUCCCCAUCCUUCAGCUUAUACUCUUCAGAAUGUGGAUGUGAGAUGAGUCUUGUUGAGCUGUGUAGUGCUCUUCUUCACCAUUUGCAUCUGCAGCAUUUAUUUGGGAGCCAUAGUGCAUCCACUACAGAAAAGAUUUCAGUAAUAAAUAGGAAAGAGAGGGAGUGUUCUUAAUUGCCAGAGUAAUCAGAUGUGUAGGGUCCACUUGACAAGACCAUGCCUGGUUAAGCUUGGGAGCACCCGAUUUCCUUGGUGAGUUCUCUCUGCUGAGGAAAGCAGACCUUUCUCACCUCUCAGUGCCAGGUCUUGGGAGCAGUGUAUUUGUCUAAACUCCUCCUGGCUCAGAAGUGGGUAAAAGAAGUAAGUAAGGCUUGGACAUAUGGUAGGCCUAUGAUCCCUGGCCCAGCACAGCCAAAGACUGUCGCUGUUUGCCUUUGCUGUGUGACAGAGGCACCUGCCACUGGUGAAAUAAUGGAGACUUCUAGAGGCUAUACAUCUCAAUUGGUGCCUAUUCAGGUUCUAACGGUUUUCAGGGUAUUUGUUUUUCAAACCCACUUUCUGGAGGCUGACUUAGGUAGCCACUAUAGAAGUGCUCUGUAUGGUAAGGCAUUCUUGUCUGAAUGGGGUGGCUACACAGAGACCACCUACAUCUUCUUGCUCAGAUUUCACUUGCAUCAAGAAGAUGUCUUGCCCUCUGUGCUACUUACUUUGGGUUCAUAGUUCUUCUUUGGUGUCCAAACCUGCCUUCCUAGAAGUGACUGCCAUGCUUGUCAGUUGCUA